GACCCACACACACAGUAACAAACUCAUCACACACACUCAUACGUGUCUAUAAAUAAACACACACUCACACACAGACACGUGUGUGUCUAUAAAAAGACACAUAGACACGUGUGUAUAUAUAGACACACACGUGUCUGUGUGUGAGAGAGAGACAGCGACAGAAUCUGGGAGACUCUACUCAGCUCCACAUCUUGAAGCACGAUGUCCGAGAGGCAGAUCCCCUUCUCCAGGCCCCUGUUCCGCCACCCCAGCUGGGACCCCUUCCGUGAGUGGAUGCCCCCCCAAGUGCCACUGAGGCUGCCCGACCAGGACUUUGGGAUGGCCGCUCCGUACCCCAGCCUGGCCUCCUGGGACGCGGCCUCUCUGGGCCUCCCCGACUGGGCCCGUGGCGCCUGGCCCUCGUACACGCGCUCCAGCCUCUUCGGUCCACCGAGCCCCACCCCCGGGCACGCGGCCUCGCCGCUGGCGACGUCCUCCCAGGGCCCCGGCGCGCCGGCCCCAUUGGCCGGGGCCCCCCUCGGGGGUCCCCUCGGGGUCUCCCUCGGGGGUCCCCCGGCGGCGGCGGGGGGGGACCCCGCGGCGGCGCUGGCCCUGGGCCGCCAGCUCAGCUCGGGCCUCUCGAGCCUACGGCACACCUCGGACCGCUGGCGCGUCAGCCUGGACGUCAACCACUUCUCACCCGAGGAGCUCGUCGUGAAGACGGCGGGGGGAUACGUCGAGAUCAGCGGCAAGCACGAGGAGCGUCAGGAUGAGCACGGAUUCGUGGCCAGAUGCUUCACUCGCAAGUACAUGCUGCCCCCCAACAUAGAGGCAGACCACGUGGUGUCGUCGCUCUCCGCCGACGGGGUCCUCACGGUGGAGGCGACUCUCCCGUUGCCAGCGGCGCCCCAGGACGCAGCUGGCGGCGGCCACGCGGUGCCAAUCCGCUACGAGAGCACCGCACGCAUUGGCCUGCCCGCCACCACGGUGGGCACCACGGUGGGCACCACAACCGGUGCGACUGCGGGCACAGCCAAGGGGGGCAAGGCCUGAGCGGAGACACCACCCAGCCCUCCAUGACAACCACCACCAUCACAGUCACUACAGACACCGUGGGCAGUGUUCAAGAUGGGGGAAAAACGUGAGCGGAGACACCACCCAGCCCUCCAUCACAACCACCACCAUCACAGUCACUACAGCCACCGUGGGCAGUGUUCAAAAUGGGGACAACGCCUGAGCGGAGACACCACCCAACACUCCAUCACUACCACAGCCAGUACCAUCACCACCACAAUCACCACCACUACAACCAUCACCACCACCACCUUCCACCCAGCCCUUGCAUGAGCAACACGGGGGGUCUUUGUCUACACGCGGCUUUGUGUGAAACCGGUAACCGAAUA